UGGAGUGGCGUCGUGGGGUCAUCGGGUCAUAGGGCAGCUCUGUUUACCCUGUGCAUGAGCACAGACUUUGGAACACACUCCAGCCUCUUCCACGUCUCCUCUCUUGAUGCUGCGUCUUUCCUACCAGCAAGUCUUCCUGUUUCUGGCCUCUUCUUCAAAGCCAGCCUUCUUAGAAGUGUCUGUACUCACGUCUUGCCUUCUUCACCUCCUACUUUGUCCUGUCAGCUGCAUGGUGGCUUCCGCCCGUCCUGCCGGAGGAGCUGGUUUUGCUGAGCUUCCUGCAGACUCCACGUGGCUUUGUCGGGGGGAGGUUUCCAGCGCUCGUCCACCUUGCUCUAACAGAGAUCCUGGCUCCACAGAGAGAACAGCCCAGAAAAGAAAGUUCCCCAGCCCUCCACAUUCUUCCAAUGGCCACUCGCCACAGGACACGUCAACAAGCCCCAUUAAAAAGAAAAAGAAACCCGGAUUACUGAACAAUAGCAAUAAGGAGCAGGAUGGGCGAAAUGAUUUCUACUGCUGGGUUUGUCACCGGGAAGGCCAAGUCCUUUGCUGUGAGCUCUGUCCCCGGGUUUAUCACGCUAAGUGUCUGAGACUGACAUCGGAACCAGAGGGGGACUGGUUUUGUCCCGAAUGUGAGAAGAUUACAGUGGCAGAAUGCAUCGAGACCCAGAGUAAAGCCAUGACAAUGCUCACCAUCGAACAGUUGUCCUACCUGCUCAAGUUUGCCAUUCAGAAAAUGAAACAGCCAGGGACAGAUGCGUUCCAGAAGCCUGUUCCCUUGGAACAGCAUCCCGACUACGCGGAGUACAUCUUCCAUCCUAUGGACCUUUGUACCUUGGAAAAGAACGCUAAAAAGAAAAUGUAUGGCUGCACAGAAGCUUUUCUGGCUGAUGCAAAGUGGAUUUUGCACAACUGCAUCAUUUAUAACGGGGGAAAUCACAAAUUGACGCAAAUAGCGAAGGUAGUCAUCAAAAUCUGUGAGCAUGAGGUAUGUGUUUCCCACUGUCCUGUUUUAAAUGUGUCCAGGGUAAGAGGUUGUGGUGGCUGGAAUUUCCAUUCGCAGAAUCUCCCAGCGGGUCGCCGUGGUGAUGUCGAUGCCCGUUUCUUUGGACAACAUGACAGGGCCUGGGUUCCAAUAAAUAAUUGCUACCUCAUGUCUAAAGAAAUUCCUUUUUCUGUGAAAAAGACUAAAAGCAUCUUCAACAGUGCAAUGCAGGAGAUGGAGGUUUAUGUGGACAACAUCCGAAGGAAGUUUGGGGUGUUUAAUUACUCUCCGUUCAGGACACCCUACACGCCCAACAGCCAGCACCAGAUGCUGCUCGACCCCACCAACCCCAGCGCUGGCGCCGCCAAGAUCGACAAACAGGAAAAGGUCAAGCUCAACUUUGACAUGACGGCGUCCCCCAAGAUCCUCAUGAGCAAGCCCAUGCUGAGCGGGGGCACGGGCCGCAGGAUCUCCUUGUCGGACAUGCCUCGCUCCCCCAUGAGCACAAACUCUUCUGUGCACACGGGCUCCGACGUGGAGCAGGAUGCGGAGAAGAAGGCCACUUCCAGCCACUUCAGUGCGAGCGAGGAGUCCAUGGACUUCCUGGACAAGAGCACAGCUUCACCAGCCUCCACGAAGACAGGACAAGCAGGAAGUUUAUCUGGCAGCCCGAAACCUUUCUCUCCUCAAGCAGCAGCGCCGAUCACGACGAAAACGGACAAAACGUCCACCACCGGAAGCAUCCUGAAUCUUAACCUGGAUCGGAGCAAGGCCGAGAUGGAUCUGAAGGAGCUGAGCGAGUCAGUCCAGCAGCAGUCCACGCCCGUGCCGCUCAUCUCCCCCAAGCGGCAGAUCCGCAGCAGGUUCCAGCUCAACCUGGACAAGACGAUAGAAAGUUGCAAAGCACAAUUAGGCAUAAAUGAAAUCUCGGAAGAUGUUUAUACGGCCGUAGAGCACAGCGAUUCGGACGAUUCCGAGAAGUCCGAUAGUAGCGAUAGUGAGUUUAUCAGUGACGAGGAGCAGAAGUCCAAGAACGAGCCGGAAGAGGCGGAAGAGAAAGAGGGCAGUCGGAUGGACAAAGAGCCAUCUGUCAAAAAAAAGCCCAAACUGACAAACCCAGUGGAGACUAAAGAGGAGCUGAAAAGCACAUUGCCAGCCAGCGAGAAGGCAGAUCCGGGCUCGGUCAAGGAAAAGGCAAGCCCCCAGCCCGAGAAGGACUUUGCAGAAAAAGCAAAACCCUCGCCCCAUCCCACAAAGGAUAAACUGAAGGGGAAAGAUGAGACGGAUUCCCCAACAGUACAUUUGGGCCUGGACUCCGACUCAGAGAGCGAACUGGUCAUAGAUUUAGGAGAAGACCAUUCUGGGCGGGAGGGUCGAAAAAAUAAGAAGGAGCCCAAAGAAUCAUCUCCCAAGCAGGAGGUUGUAGGUAAAGCUCCACCAUCCACUACGGCAGGCAGCCAGUCUCCCCCUGAAACGCCGGUCCUCACCCGCUCUUCCUCCCAAACUCCCACGGCUGGUGUCACGGCCACCACCAGCACCACGUCCAUGGUCACGGCCCCGGCCGCCACCGCCACGGGAAGCCCGGUGAAAAAGCAGAGGCCGCUUUUACCGAAGGAGACUGCCCCGGCCGUGCAGCGGGUCGUGUGGAACUCAUCAACUGUCCAGCAGAAGGAGAUCACCCAGAGCCCGUCCACCUCCACCAUCACCCUGGUGACCAGCACUCAGUCGUCGCCCCUGGUCACCAGCUCGGGGUCCACGAGCACCCUCACAUCUUCAGUCAGUGCAGACCUGCCCAUCGCCACCGCCUCCGCCGAUGUCGCCGCGGACAUCGCCAAAUACACUAGCAAAAUGAUGGAUGCAAUAAAAGGAACGAUGACAGAAAUAUAUAACGAUCUUUCUAAAAACACUACUGGAAGCACAAUAGCCGAGAUCCGCAGGCUGAGGAUCGAGAUCGAGAAGCUUCAGUGGCUACACCAGCAAGAGCUGUCGGAGAUGAAACACAACUUGGAGCUGACCAUGGCCGAGAUGCGGCAGAGCCUGGAGCAGGAGCGGGACCGCCUCAUCGCCGAGGUGAAGAAGCAGCUGGAGCUGGAGAAGCAGCAGGCGGUGGACGAGACCAAAAAGAAGCAGUGGUGCGCCAACUGCAAGAAGGAGGCCAUUUUCUACUGCUGCUGGAACACCAGCUACUGUGACUACCCCUGCCAGCAGGCCCACUGGCCCGAGCACAUGAAGUCCUGUACCCAGUCAGCUACUGCCCCUCAGCAGGAAGCAGAUGCCGAGGUGAGCACAGAAACACUAAACAAGUCAUCCCAGGGGAGCUCCUCCAGUGCCCAGGCAGCCCCUCCGGAAGCGGCCAGUGCCUCGAAAGAGAAGGAGACGCCGGCUGAGAAAAGCAAGGACAGUGGCUCAACCCUCGACCUUUCUGGCUCCAGGGAGACGCCCUCCUCCAUUCUCUUAGGCUCCAGCCAAGGCUCGGUUAGCAAAAGGUGUGACAAGCAGCCUGCCUAUGCCCCAACCACCACAGACCACCAGCUGCACCCCACCUACCCCGCCCAGAAGUACCAUUCCCGGAGCAGUAAAUCCAGUUGCUGGAGCAGCAGCGACGAGAAGCGAGGCUCGUCGCGUUCUGAGCACAACGCCAGUACCAGUUCCAAGAGUCUUCUCCCAAAAGAGUCUCGGCUGGAUACCUUCUGGGACUAGGGACAAAUUGCGACACAAGCCACCCACCCCUUGGAGGAAAAAAACCAGACACCAGGAAAACAGGAAACAGUAAAGAAACGUGAGACAGAACCACCACCUUCAGACUUGAGAAUUCCCAGCCUUGGGACUGGGCCUUGGCGCCUGCACAUAGGGCGGCCAACACUACACAGCGUUCAGCAUUAGCCUUGACUGAGGACGGCUGGACCCACACGAAACCUAUGCUUUAGAUGUAAAUAAUGUACAAUCUGUGGAUGUCCUUGAAUCUAGAGUACCUUCCCCUUUUUAUAUUUGUAUCGACUUUAACUUAUAAAAAAGAAAAAAGAAAAACAAUUAAAAAAAACCCCAAUAACAAAAAGAAUGUUUUGGUGUUGGAGAAGGGAUGGUCAGGCAGCCCCUGCGUCACGCGGUGGUGUGGAGAUGGGGCCCUGGGAUCACUGUGGCACACAGGUCCUCCUCCUCCCUGGCUGCCCCGGGGGAAAGUGAGCCCUUGUCACUCGUCUGUCUGUGCGCAGCACAUUGGGAUCAGGAGUUGUGGUGCAGAUUCUGUGCCGUCGUGGGCAUGUCACAUCAAGACAUCGGCCCCUUUUAGAUACUCUGUUAUGAUGUUAGGAAAUGCAAGCUCUCUGGAACCCGAAGGACACACGGAGAGGCUGGUUUAUUUUGUGUGAUUUCAAUGAUGACUCUACUCCUAAAAGGGAAAAAAUGAUGUCCUUGUUUACAGAAGACAGACAGAAACAAGCCCUGCUCAGCUCAGUCACAGAAGAGAACAGAGAGACUGUUAGAGUCAUCAGCUUUGAAACAAAGAGCGACCUUUUCUUUGCUUUCUGGUUCCUUUAAACACACUCACACACACUUGGUAAGAAGAGAUGCUCUGCUUUUCGGGAGCAGGAACUCAAAGGCAAGACGCACGCAGAGGACGUUUGAGUCUGGGAUGAAGCAUGUAUGUAUUAUUUAUGUGAUGGAAUUUUACGUUUUUAUGGAAGCAUGAACAAAGGCAGUGCGAGAGAAGGCCAGACCCCGCCAUGCUGUCUGUUACACUACGUAUGCUGUAGUCCCAUUUUGUAUGUUGUGUAAAACAAAAAGCAUUGAGCAAACACAAAGGUGAUGUAUGUAUAUGAGAAAAUUAAUUGUACGAUAUCAUUCCAGUACAUUCGGUUGUACAUUUUAGUCUCGUUUACUUUCUCUUCAUUGUUGAUAAGAGGAUGCGAUCUGUACAGUUUCCAGCUAGUUACCCAUAUUAGAGAAGAAAUAAAAAGAGCGUAUUAGAAGAAAACAGGAGAGAAAGAACAUUUGUGAAUUGCAGUUGUCAAAAAAAAAAAAUAGCCUAGCUGGCCUUAUUUGUGAAGCAUAAUUGCUUUUAGCAUAUGGAAGUAUUUUUUCACAUUUUCUUUGUAUAAAAUUUGUAUUAAACUUAAAUAUCUUUUUUGAUGAUGGUGUUUCUUUGUGACUGAGCCAGUGGACUCACACGGUAUGCUCUUUUGGGUUCCUCCCCUUCCCCCCGAUUUUUUCAGAUUCUUCACCUUUUUUUAAUUAAACUGUUUUGGAAAAAUG